CAUCCCCAUCUCCUUGCAACCUCUAGUAUACCUCCUCUCCUUAUCUUCCCCUCUUAAUUUCAAAACCUUUUUAAUAUUUGCACCCAAAAAGAAACCAAUAAUAUACCAAAUGGCGUCCAUCUCUGUAACUAAUCACUCUCUACCCUCUCUGUUUCCCACUCAAAAACCCAGACCCCAAUUGCCUUCUCUAAACCUCCCCAUUCUCUCCAAUUCUUCCCACUCUCAAUUUUAUGGCCUCAAAUUCUCUCGCUCUGCUUCACCUUCGAUCCCAUCUUCUUCCUCUGUCAAAACUACCAUUCUUGCUAAGGUGAGUAAAGGACAGGCGCCACCAAAUUUUACAUUGAAAGAUCAAGAUGGGAGGCCUUUCAGCCUCUCUAAGCUUAAAGGGAAGCCUGCUGUUGUUUAUUUCUACCCAGCUGAUGAAACCCCUGGCUGCACCAAACAGGCUUGUGCUUUUAGGGAUUCUUAUGAGAAGUUCAAGAAAGCAGGAGCUGAGGUUAUUGGAAUUAGUGGUGAUGAUUCAGCAUCUCAUAAGGCAUUUGCCAAAAAGUACAAACUUCCAUUCACAUUGCUGAGUGAUGAAGGAAACAAAGUAAGAAAAGAAUGGGGAAUUCCUGGAGAUUUGUUCGGAACACUACCGGGACGACAAACAUAUGUUCUCGACAAGAAAGGUGUGGUUCAACUCAUCUACAACAACCAGUUCCAACCCGAAAAGCAUAUCGAUGAAACCCUCAAACUACUUCAAAGCAUUUGAAUCUACAAUUCUGUAUGUUGUAUCAAUUUUAUAUUACAUUUCUUGGCAUGCAACAUAUUGGUGUAUUUGUUCUUAGUCCCUGUAGCUACUAUUGUACCCGUUAAUAUUCGCAUAAGUAUACAUUCGGAAGAAAUGAAAUGCAGCUUCUUGUAGUUAAAAAGUACAGAAAAGUUUGAUUAUUUCUCUUUGAAUGAAUAUUGCAAUUUCUUGAGA